AAAGUCAGUCCGUUUCGGUUGCACCAAGUGGUCGCAGGUCUGACGCGGUCGCCGAUGUCCAUCUGUUCAAAAGUGUAUGUGGUGUGUUUCGGUGCGUCGGCGUUGAUCAAGGGGCGCGGGGUCCGCGUGUGAUCCAUCAUGACCGUGACUUACGGGGGACGGGUGCCGAAUGGCAGCACGUUCGGAUGCUUUUGGAAAGUGCUGGGAAUGUGGCGAGGAAGUGUGUACAAAUUGGUCUGGAGGGAGCUAUUAGCCUAUUUAAUAUUAUAUUAUACAAUCAAUUUCGUGUACAGAUUCGCUCUGAACGAAAGUCAGCAACGGAUUUUCGAGAAAAUCCGCACAUACUUCAACAACUCAGUGGACACGAUACCGAUGUCGUUCGUGCUGGGUUUCUACGUCUCUCUGGUGGUGAAGCGGUGGUGGGAACAGUACAAACUGCUGCCCUGGCCCGACACCCUCGCCCUCUUCCUGAACGCGGGCAUUCCAGGCGCGAAUGAGAGGCAAAGACUGAUGAGAAGGAACAUAGUUAGGUACGCCGUACUGGCUUACGUAAUUACUCUGACUAGAGUAUCGCUGAGAGUGAAGAAAAGGUUUCCAACUUAUCAGCACAUCGUCGAUUCAGGUUUAAUGAUGGAAAGCGAGAGGAAUAUAUUCGAAUUGAUGGAUAAAAAGACGCCCAUGUCCAAAUAUUGGAUGCCGCUGGUUUGGGCGACGAAUAUCAUCAACAGGGCCAGGAAAGAGUCGUUGAUCACCAGUGACCACAUUGUACAAACUUUGCUGACGGAAUUGUCGGACAUUAGAAGGAGAUUGGGAGCUCUAAUCGGUUAUGAUACUGUCAACGUUCCUUUGGUUUAUACACAAGUUGUGUCUUUGGCCCUUUACGUGUAUUUUCUGGCGGCACUAUUGGGUCAACAGUUCGUUCCUUACGCUGACCCGACGACAAUGAAGAAAGAACUGCCAGACGUCUACUUUCCAUUCUUCACGGCUCUACAGUUUUGCUUCUACAUCGGCUGGCUGAAGGUAGCGGAGGUCCUGAUAAAUCCCUUCGGCGAAGACGACGACGACAUUGAACUAAACUGGCUGGUGGACCGACACAUCAAGGCUGGUUACAUGAUAGUUGAUGAAAUGCACGAGGAACAUCCAGAACUGCUUAAGGAUCAAUACUGGGACGAUGUCAUCCCCAAAGAGUUGCCAUACACUGUUGCAUCAGAACAUUACAGAAGAGAAGAGCCAAAAGGUUCUGCAGAAAAUUACAAGGUCAAAACUACUGACGCAAUGUACGCAAAUUUAUUGACACCCUUGAAGAAAACCAUGAUCGACGACAUGUACGCCGACUAUGAAAGCGUCGACACUCCAAUCGUACAAAGAAGGAAGAGUUCCAAUUGGUUCUCCAGACAAAUCUCCAGAACUGGCAUGGGUUCAAUCCGGUCUGCCUCUACAGCUUAUUCAUCAGGAGGUUUGUUCACGCGACACAGAGGAAAUUCCGUGUACGCAAAUCCUGAAAACGGUCAACUACCGGGACAGCAGUCCCAGAAAAUGUCCAUAUACGACAGACUUGUUGGUCGAAAAUCUGGAAGGAGCAGGAACAUACCCAAAAAUUCCAAAUACGGCGCAGCCCCGAUGACCGUAAAGAACCGCCCCAGAAUCCCGACGCCGGACGUGACUAAAGAGGUGGUGGACAAGGAGAGCCGCUUUGUCACCACCCCCGUGACAACAACCCCCAACCAGAUAGCGCCCGGCUUGACGUUGAUGCAGCACCAGAUAGCCACACCGGGCUACUACACGGGCGGCGACGUGCCGACGAUCCAGGUAGUUCUAUCCCCGAUCCAAGAGUUAGAUAGCAACGGUUCCGUAAACAAUACCCUGCACGCCAACCAACCCGGAACCGCGGCGCUAGCGCAGGCGGUUCUGUCGCCCGGUUUGGGUCCCGUACUCACAGCACCUGUUAGCGUACCGAUGACGGUGUCGCAGCUCACAUCCCUAGGUUUGCACGGCAGCCCCAUGCUCACUAGGUCCGUGCAGCAGCACUCACUAAGAAAUCCCGCUUUUACUCAGGCGUUUGAGAUGGAGAAGGCGCCGAGUCCGACGCAGAAAUUGACGCUGACGGAGAUGCCGCCGGACGAGGAGCACCAGCUGAGCAGCAGACAGAGUGACGAUUCCGGCAAUUCGGAGGUGUCGACACCGUCCGUGUCCAACACCACGGCGUCGGUUACUUCGAGGAAAUCGAUGGAAGCGCCGGCCGAAGACAAGCCUUUGUCGCCGAGCGCCUCGGUGCCCAACUCGUUGUCUUCCCUAGGUGGGCAAGAAGGGACGAGGAGCAGGAAGGUGUCCUCUGUUUCGCAGACCGCACCAACCACUAACAGUUCGAAGAGGGGUGAAGUUUACGUUUGAUAUUGAUCGAACUUUAGGUGAUGAAAAGGACUAUUAUGUGAAUUGUUGAUUGGAGAUUUGCCAAACUAGAUUGUGAUCCGCGUCGUUUGAAGGAAGUGGGAGUGUUUUUCAUAUAUUAUUGUGGAGAAUCUCUAUUUGUGAUAUAGUGUAUAAAAAUUAAUUUAGCGUUAGUUUUUAUACCUGAUUAGGUUUUCUGAUUGUAGCUUCGUUACAAGAACUUUUUAUUGAGUCAAAUUAUCUGUGUAAACAAAUAUGCUGUUUAGAUUUAGAAAUACACUUAGAAAUAGUUGGAAUUAUAAUUUUACAAUUAUGAAUUGUUUGAAAAUAGAUACUGUUAAAUUGUAUAUAUUUUCUUGUUGUAAGAAUUCUUAGUGUACAUAUAUUGUAAGAGAUAUAUGAAUAUUUUUAUUAAAACUUUAUUAGACAAAACAUUUUAUGAAAUUAUUGACUAUUUAAUUAUUAUACCUAAGGUGCUAUAUAUUUUAUAUGUAAAUAAAAUUUUAAAAUA